GAUUUACUGGAUUUUAUGUAUUUUCAUAGAAAUUACAACACAACUGGAGGACAAAAUCAGCUCCUGAUAUAAGACAAACUAGGACAUAUGAACAAGGAAGUAUUAAAUAAAGCAGCAGAAAUUUUGAGAAGGAGAAGAGAAGGCUGGUCAACGAAAGAGCCAGAGCAAGAUCAAGAAGAGAAUAAAGAUAAUGAUAAUUGAGACUUUGGAGAUCAGAUAGAUUUUAAGUAUACAAAAAUGCCUUGAUUUAAAAUCCCUGUUGAUAAAACAGAGAAAUAUCGUGAAGCGUAUCUUAAGAAGAUGGAUAGAAGGACUAACAAGCUUGAGACUCACUAUGGGAGUGAGACCAAAGCUUCCGUUCUCAGUGAAUCACAAUGCUGAUGUAUCUCGAGAGGAAAUAUUAUAGAAGCGUUUGUAGAGAAAUAAAACUACCCAAUUACGAGGAAAGAAGAUCUUAACUUCUCAGCAACGCUUGGAUAUCUUAAAAUCACUCACAUUUGAGAAAAUAAAAAGAAACCCUCAUUAUUUAGCGCUUAACCUCUCUGAAAUUUAUAUGGCUCAGACCUAUGAUGUAUUAACAAUAAAGAACAAGGAUUUAUGACAAUGUAAAGCUAAGCAAUAGAAAA